GAUUUGUUGGUGAUUACUCAGUUGCUCCGAAAAACGGACUAUUCACUGGAAAAUACUCCUGUAAAGCGCAAAGUGAAAAUAAUUCCAAAGAAAUGUGCCAAAGGAUGUCAGAGUACAUCAGUGACUAAUCCAGAAUUGAGUUUUCAUAUAAUCCCUCCAUCAAAUCUCAAAUAUUCUCUCACAACAUCAGAUAACCUCCAAAGUGCAAUUGAAGUUGAUAUACGGGAAAGGUGGAUUCAACUAUUGAAGCCCGAAAAUAUUGUGAAGGAUUCACGAGUGUGUAGUUUACAUUUCUCACUCGAUGAUUUUGUGUUCCCAGAGUUUUUUGAGGAGUGCGGGAUGAGACGACGUCGAUUGAAAAAAUAUGCUGUCCCGACUCAACAUCUAUCAGCGUGUGAUGCACGGGAUAGGCAAGCUCAAAGCCACUUGGAGGAGGCGAUCGAAUAAUCCUCUCUGAGAGGUAGCACAUCACCAUUCCGAUGAAUUGCAACCUUAGGAGACAAUAUGGAUAUAACGCUACUCGCACAAGAACCCGUAUCUCCUGAAACACAUGGAAGUACGUCAAAAUUCAAGGUCAAAGAAACCUAUGGAGGAAAGGAUGCCAUCAAAUGUAACUUGUAUUCGUUAUUCGACGCAGUUGAUGAGGCUCUCUGUGAUAAUGACAUUUGUCGUUAAGUAUUAUCUCCACAAGGGCCAUUAGAAGGAACAAUAUCUGACCAUCUCUCCGCAAAUAAAGAAAAACAGAAUAUUGAUGCGAGUGUCCAAGUGUCAGAGGAGGAUUUAGCACUAGUCUCGGAAAAAAAGCCCAUUGAAGUCGGUAUUCAGGUUACAUCUGGAGACUUUUACGAGCCAUUCAGCACAAGAAUCGGAACAGAUCAUGAAUUAUCUGUUCUUUGUGGGAUUAGAAAUCAUGUGAUUCUUCAUAAUUUAGUGGAACUAAUUAUGAGGUAUUAUCCCGAAAAAAGACAACAUAAAAUGUCCUUAAAAGAACGAAUUGUACUAACGACGAUGAAAUUGAAAAAUGACUUAACGUUUUCCUUCCUUGCGAUAAUAUUCCGAUGUGUGGCUGAAUCAACGUGUCUAGCUAUUUUCUUAGACAAUUUCCAAAAACUGUCGAGUAUUUUACGAUGUGUAAUUCAAUGGGUCCCUAAAGAAGAAAUUGCUCGAAAUAUGCCUCUCACUUUCGAGAAUUUUCAAAACACAGUGUACGUAGUGGAUUGUACUGAAUUUAAAAUUCAAAAACCUAAAUGUCUAGCAUGUCGUCUGAAAAUUUAUUCUCAAUAUAGAAGUAAUUUCACUGCAAAAUUUAUGACAGCGGUCAGUCCUGCAGGACUUUUAAUAUAUUUGAGUGAAGGAUACGAAGGACGAUCUACAAAUAGUGCAAUCUUCGAAGCUAGUAAUAUUAUUAGUAAAUUACAACCAGGCGAUGCUGUUAUGGCUGAUAAAGGAUUUCGAAUUGAACAUUUAUGCGAUAAAUUUGGGAUACAACUAUACAGACCAGCUUUUCUCGAAAAGAAGAAGCAGUUUUCCACAGAAGAAGUAGUAUUAAACCGCAACAUUGCCGCUGCACAUGUGCACGUGGAACGAAUGAAUCAAAGAAUUGAAAUUUUCGACGUGCUGCGGAAUGAAUUGUCCUGGAAUCUUGUCAAUUAUGUGAACGACAUUGUAAUUGUAUGCUCAGGCCUUGCAAAUUUAGGUACGCCUAUUUUUGCUGAUGAUAAGUUUAUGUAAAUGAUUGUGUUGGUUGAGUGACAUGUAUUUAAUAAAAGACACUCUAGUAACCAUCA